AUGGCUCAGAGUAACAAACCAAUUCUUAUCACUGGAGCUGGUGGUGGUGUGGGAUCUGUUUCAAAAAUCAUCGUCGAUUUACUCAGAAAGCAAAAUCUACCUGUUCGAGCACUUGUUCGACGUGAUGAUGAUCGUGCACAAGCUUUGCGUGAACUAGGUGCUGAAGUCGUCAUUGGCGAUCUUACACAAUUGCCCGAUGUUCAUCGAGCAGUAAAUGGUUGUGGACGCGUCUACUUUAGCAUUACUGUUGCUUCCAAAUAUCUCGAGGCCACUUUAAAUACAAUUGCCGUUGCCAAAUAUUACAAUGUUGAAGUAUUUGUUAACAUGUCUCAGAUGACUGUGUCAAAAAUGAACAUCAACCAAACCUCCUUGAGUUCACAAGUAAAUGCACAUUGGUUGGGAGAGCAGGCUUUGGAAUGGUCAGGCGUACCUUUCGUGAAUCUUCGUCCAACUAUCUUUAUGGAGAAUCCUCAUUUGUAUCACUGGGCCAAAUCUGCAGUUGCCGAACAUAAUGAACUGCGCAUUCCUUUUGGUUCUGGUCGUAUACCACCCAUUGCUGCUUAUGAUGUUGCUCGAGUGGCCGCUGUUAUUCUUGUCAAUCCAGCUGCUCACAUGGGAAAAUCGUAUAAUCUUACCGGUCCGAAAGUAGUUGAUAUGAACGAGAUGGCUAAUGCCUUCUCUGCUGCCCUUGGUCGCAAGAUUCGUUAUGUUCCACUUGACUGGGAUGAAUGGAAAGCCACAACAUUAAAAGAAUAUAUAUCAAAAGAUGGUUGGGAUCAGCAUACUGCUGAUCAUUUGGAAAAUUUAGCUCAUCUCAUUCAGAAAGGCACUGUCGAAGUAACUCCGAAUGUUGAACUUCUAACAGGAUCACCUGGAAUGGAUUACGAGGAAUGGGUGAAGCAACACGCCAAAGAAUUCAAUAAAAGUGACUGA